AUGAAGUUGACCAAGAAGUUUUCCAUUCUGGCGUGGCUGGAGCUCGUCUUUGUUAUUACAUGGAUUGUGGUUUCGGCGCUGGCUGUUGGGUCGAAUAAAUAUUUCUUUAUUCCAGAAUUCUUCGCCCCACAACUUGGCUUCGCCGUGGUCCUCCUUGCUGUCCCAAUCUCCGGUCUCCGCGCUUCUCGGCAAAAAAGUGCUGAUGCUGCCUUUUGGCACGCUUUCUUGAGCUGCUCAGGUACUUGUGUUACCGCUACUUCCUGCGUUCUUGCUGCUUAUGGUCUUGCUAUUGGAGUUCAGAUGGAGAAGUUCUACAGCGCUCAGAACAACCCUGUCACUUUCUUUGAUACCUGGGAUAGUUACUGCUCAUGGAUUCUUGCUGCCCCCGCUCUCUGCUUUGUUUGCUCCGUUAUUAUGACGAUCUUGCCAAAGGGUUGA